AUGUCAUAUUCCCAGGGCAGUAUGGGGUCUGGGAAUGGUCUUACCCUGUCACAGUCCCACAUGGGAUCGUUCAACGCUUCUCAAUCGGCGGCCUCGACUCCGCGGGCAACCCCUACGCCGAAGGCGUCCCAGCAAUCGAACAUGUCGUUCAGCUUUGCGAACGGAAUGCCUCAGUCUAGAGUCGGCUACGGGGCUUAUGAGGAAGCAAAUGGGUUUGGGCAAAUGGCGCCGUAUCCACAAGAAUACAGGCCUCAAAUAUACAGGGCCGUCUACUCCAAUGUGUCAGUUUAUGAGAUGGAAGUCAACGGGGUCGCUGUCAUGAAACGACGCUCCGACUCGUGGCUCAAUGCUACUCAGAUCCUCAAGGUGGCCGGUGUUGUCAAAGCGCGACGGACGAAAACGUUGGAGAAAGAAAUUGCUGCCGGCGAGCAUGAAAAGGUUCAAGGCGGAUACGGGAAAUACCAGGGCACUUGGGUCAACUAUCAACGAGGUGUGGAGCUUUGCCGCGAAUACCAUGUCGAGGAAUUGCUGCGGCCACUGUUGGAAUAUGACAUGGGUCCCGAUGGGGCGAGCGGAUCGGGACAGGCCAAUCUGGAUACCCCGACUAAGGAGCAAGCAAUGGCUGCUCAACGCAAGCGACUCGUCAAUGGUAUGGACAGCCGCGGAAUCAUCCAGCCCCAGCAGGGAACGUUCUUCCAGAACAUUUCUCGCACUGCUGCAACCGCCGUCAAUGCGAUGAGCAAGGCCCGUUUCGAGUCCCCAGCGGCAAAGGGUGUCGACGGCCGACGAUCCAGCAUGAUGCGAAAACCUUCUCACCAGAUGAGUAGCCAAGAGUCUCAGAUUGCCGCCAUGAGCAGUCAACCCAGCAUGUACAGCGUCACGUCUGACAGUGGGUUCGGAAGUAAUAUCCAGAACAGUGGGAUCUUCCACUCCCACGACGGUGGGAGCAUCGACCACGAAGAUCCGAUAGAGCCGCCUCGCAAACGGUUUCGCUCAUCUUCAAACCACGGGCGUUCGUUCGGUCUGCCUCGCGAACCGUCAAGCCUCUCCAUGCAUGAGCCAACACCGACGGAACCUAACGAUUCAUUCUACCAAGACAUGGAUGGCACGGCUUCCGCGGUGGAUGGACCCGGGCGCGGUAUCGAGGCUCUGGGGCCUGCAGCAACGCCGGAACGGUUCCAGAAGAUGAAACUGAUCAUGACCUUGUUCUUGGACAAGCGUACCAAAGAUUUCUCGAAUCAUCCUGCCCUUAUGCAGCUCACUGGUGACGACCUGGAGAUCCCGCUCGAUGAAUAUCGCAACAACGCCCUGCAUUGGGCAGCCAUGCUGGCUCGCAUGCCGCUGGUCCACGCGCUUGUUGAAAAGGGGGUGAGUAUCUUUCGUUUGAACGGUGCAGGUGAGACCGCAUUGCAGAAGUCGGUGGGGACGAGAAACAACCUUGACUACCGGAGUUUUCCGCGUUUGCUGCAGGUGCUUUCUCCAACCAUCGACAUGGUUGAUUACAGCGGGCGUACAGUUCUCCAUCAUAUCGCAGUGAUGGCAGCUACUGGUGGGGGAGGCCAUGUCUCCGCAAAACACUACCUGGAAUCCUUGUUGGAGUUUAUAGUCCGACACGGAGGCACUGCUAUCCCCCAGCCAUCGUCAAACAGCAUAGCCGGGGAUGGGACACAGGCUACUGAGGUGAUUACUCUCGGCCGCUUCAUCUCUGAGAUUGUUAAUCUGCGAGACGAUCAAGGCGACACCGCGCUUAACCUCGCAGGGCGCGCACGCUCUGUCCUUGUCCCCCAACUUCUGGAAGUGGGCGCAGACCCCCACAUACCUAACCACACGGGACUGAGGCCUGCAGACUAUGGCGUGGGUGUCGACAUGGUGAACGGCAAUUCCCAGUCCCAGACCAACGGCAACCGGAGUGAUUCAUUCAUGGACCAGCUGGCCAAGACGAAGAAAGAGAUUUUAGAUGCAACUCUUUCUCAGAUCGGCGCCAUAGUUGAGGAAACACUUGGCGGUCUUGACCGUGAGCUCGCAUCAAACCUCACGAAAAAGCAGGAGAAAUUCGACCAUUGGCAUACGAAGAUUCGCGAAAGCGCCAAGGCCAGACAGAUCGAACAGAAGCAGCUCGAUGAUCUCAAACGAAAGUCCACAGACCGGGUCGAGUUGGACCGGCGCAUCAAAAACCUGGAGCGCUCGGCAGAAGGCCUAAUGGGUGUUCUCAAAGACACACUCAAGGAUCGAUUUGACCCGUCCAAGACGGUUCUGGUGGGUGAUGCAGACAAAGACUCAGGCGUCGAUUUGACGGAAUUCGAAACGAUCUUCUCGGCGGACUUUGACCCCAGCCGUGGGUUUUCUGAGCAGCAAAUAGAGUAUCUGAGGUCGUUACCAUCUGUCAACAUCCUUGAAGCUCGGGUCAAACCGUACCAGGAAUUCAACACUGAGAUCAUGGCCGAAGUGGAACGUCUCAGAUCAAAGAACGUGGUGUUGGGUCAGAACUAUCGGCGGAUGGUCAUGGCUUGUACAGGCUGGAGUGCCGAGCAGGUCGACGAGGCCGCCGAGGGCCUGACACAGUGUGUCAAGGAACUAAAUGAUAACCCCGUCCCCGAAGACGAGGCGAUUGAAAUUCUAAUGAGAGACCGUGGGCAGGAUUGGUGA